GCGCAGUAUCACUUGUGGUGUGCCAGCGAGCGAACGAACCGAGCAGCUAACGGCCAAAUCGAGUUUAGCACUGCGUCCAGCCGGUAUAACAAUCUGUUUUGUACUUUCAAACUCGCACUCAGCACUUUCAGAGAUUGAGCAGCAGCAGCGGCGGUGGCGAAGAUGAUCGGCGCGAAUCUCCGCUUCGGCAGCGGAGCCACGUCCAACGCCACGCACCACGGACCCAACACUAAGAAUUUUCAGUGCCACCCCGGCGGAACCCUCGAGGCCGGAAUCAUUUUCAGUCUGUGUGCCCUCGGUAUGGGGGCCAAUUUGGCGUUGAUGGCGCUGAUCUUGGCCAAGAGACAACUCAGGCGGUGGUCGCAGGGACUUUUGUUCCAUCAGGCGAUGGUCGACUGCGCUCGGGCCGCCAUCCUGCUGCCCCUGGGAAUGAGCAUUUUGCGCUGCCAGCCGGUUAACAAGUGCUCGCUCGUCGAGACGGCCUUCCUGCUCCUCGUCACUGUUUCCACCGUCAACAUGCUCACCACUGUUCUGAACGACUCACCCGUCUUUCCCGGAGAUGAGCAGGAUGACGAGCUGAACGAGGUGGAAGCGAGCGAGAGGGGCCGGCUGGCCCGGCGGCUCAACUCGGCGCCUACCGUGGCCCCACUGCUAAUGGACUCGCCACAAUGCGUCCUUUUCGGCACGUUCAUGAUCUGGUUCACAAGCAUCACAAUCAACCUGGGACCGACCUUUCUGAGCGGCGCACUCGCUGCCAACUCCGAGGUCAACCACAAUACACCGAGUUGCCCCCUGGUGCACGGCCCGUUUCGGCACUACAUACUCAACGUGCUCUGGAUCAUCAUCAACGUGCUCUGCGUCGCGCUAACCCUCUUCCACCUCCACAAGCUGCAUCGCGACCUCACCAAAUCCAACAUGCAGGCUGUGCGGGUGGCCGGAUUGGUUUCCACCAUGAUCAGCGUGACCGGCAGCAGCCAGGAGGCGGGCGGGAGUCAGGGCAGUGAGGACCACCGUCGCAUCUGCAACUACAUCCGGCGAAUGGAACGCGAGGGAGUGCAACGCGUCAAAAUGUUCAUGGUCAUCACGACAGCGUACGUCAUCUUUUGGGGACCGCUGUUCUUGGUCACACUUCUGCAACCCGGACGCAAUGCCAGUGCGCUCAGCUACGAGAUGACCCUUCAUGUGGCCUAUGUGCACGCAUUCGUCAACCCUAGCCUGUUUGUGGUGCUCCACCGCGGGCUGCGACACGCUGCCAUCGACGCCUGCUGUUGGUGGUGGCGAUGCGAGAUGGUCUGGCUGCCCCCAGAGCCGCCCCCGUCUGCCACCUCCACGCCCCUGAGACCCAUGGCACCGCAGCAGAUGGUCGUGCCCAUCGUUGUCACGCAACAACCAACUUCAGCCGGAAUGCAUCACCAGGGGGCCGAGCACUGCGGUAUAAUGACAACCGAGAUGAUGGCAAGUGGGCUGUCAACUGACCCCUGGCAGCCAUCGCCGCUCACGCCGCAGAAAAAACUCGCACAGCACAACCGCAUGCAGCAGCAGCAGCAGCAACGAUACCCCAACCUUCCUCCACCAGAUUCCCCUCAGUUUUCGUCCGAGUAGACCCAACUUUCCCACUUGAACCACGGCGUGAACAUUAAAAUCAUUUUUAAUCGGCUUUACAAAGUGGGAGCAGCAGGAAUAGAAAUACCGAAAAUGAGAAAGUUCCUCUCACGCACAAGUUUCGAGGGGAGAGCGCAAAGCAAGAGAUGCGAUUUUUCUCAGCCGCAAUUUUAAUUCCAUUACCAGUGCCACGUCCCGCAGAUAAAAAAAUCUCAACCGUUAUUCUGCGACGGGAAAACAGAGCGCCUCUAUUAGACCGGCCUAAUGUUCUAUGAAGGGCGCAGAGGGAUGCGGGUUGGCUUGAUUGUAUUAAAAUUUUCGCGGCCGGCAACGCAUGAAUUCCAAUUCUGACACUUAAGUUGCGGGUGUCGUGUCCCUCUCACUCUCCACCAUCACCAGUUUAAAUGUAACGUUUUAGAGUUUCCGAUUCACAACGAGCUCGAAAUUUCCGGCUCGCAUUCGCGAUGAACAACGCCAGCAGACAAUCAUUACUAAACAGAAUAAACACACACCGGCCGCGGUCUAUUUACACGGGCCUCUGGGCUGCGCAACAACGCCAGAGAAUGCGAUUGUGUUUGUAGUGUGUCUACUUGAUGGUGGCAUUUUGCACGUACAUAGAAUUUCGGGUGUAAAAAAAUUCAGUAGUGUGAAUGGCUAGUUUGUACAUCAUUUUUAAAAAAAAAAUUGUGUACCACAUUCUAAUUAUUUGGCAGUUGAUUUAUUAUAAUUCACAAAGUUUAAUCCAGAUACAUGAAUUAAAUUCGAAAUGAAUAUUUGUAACGCGUUCUUGCGGAGAUCUCUUAAACAAUUACCCUCCUCUUGUAUGCUUUUUCUCUUUCAGACAAAAUCAAUAGUAUUCCAAACCCAAUCUGCAAGGGUGAAUCUUUGUUUCCUGGCUGAUAAGACGUCCAGUUCAAUGUAAAUAAUUAACAUCUCCGAAACUUUUAGUGAAUUUAGGUUUAGAGUGUGUUGUGCAUUUCUUUGAAAAAUAUAGUAACGUAUAUUAAAACAUUUAUAGAAAUUAAACUCGGAAAGCACCAAGCAAGUUCUGCUGUCAUGAAUCAAACAAAUUGGUAAAAAACGAGAAAAUUUUACAAUGAUCAACAAAGAAACUUUUUAAAACAGUGGGGGUCCCUGAGGACAAAUGGUGAUAAAUUUCAAUGAGUCGUGCAUAACACAAUUAACCAAUCCACCCCUUAUUCAUCAAGUCCACUUCCAAGCGUGCCAAAUGCCUUCGUUUUCUAGUGAGAGCUAACUCGUCUACUGCCACAAUGCGGGACUUUCCGGGGGCAGCUGGUCUUGGUGCCGCUGGGAAAAACAAGAAAGUGCUAGGCCCGCUUUGCGCUCUACUUGGCACCAAUUUCGCGUUAAGCAUAAUGAACUCAAUAAGGCGCGCGCGGACGGGGCGGCAACAGCCCCGCAGUGGCGGCACAUUUGUCUCUGUUGGGUCGAGAGCUGUGCCCGCCAAGCGCAGAUUGACAACGGAUUAUUGGCAGUCUUAACGGAUUACGUCGCGUAAUCAUUGGCCGAGAAGAAGGCAAAGAGGGAAUGAAGCCUUUUUUCUUUAUUUCGCCGAGGAAAAACCACGCAACUCGAUAUUAGUGCAGCGACAGACACUCGGGAGCUUGCGUGGGGAAUUUCAUUUGAGUCUUUCCAUCACGGCUGCUGUUUGCGAGAACGGCCUAUUUGAAAUUUUGAUCUGGCCAGAUUGCGGGGGGAGAGUAAUGAGCGCAUAUAUUCGGCGGACGCGGCUAGAAUAGCGCAUGCCGACGGACGAGAUAUGAUUGUAAAUACACAGAGCGGCUUCUUUUAUGAUCCGCCUGAUUUUGUAUCUGCACGCAGCUGGGCGCCGCCAAAUGAAAUCGUGCCCCGAAUCGAGCCGGAGCGAGCCAGAGAGUGAGUUUUGUGUAGAACUUUGUUGUUGUUGUUCCUGAAUAUCCAGCGCGGCACGUAGUGUCGCGAAGGCAAAAAUGUGUGCCAAAUGAAAUGCAUCUCAGCGCUCGUAAUUUGCACGACAAAAGCAAAACAAGGGCUGUCGGUCCCAGUUGUAACAUAAAAGGAGACGAAUAAUCUCUCUCCUGUUGUGCUUGUUUACGGGCGGCAGAGUCAAUUACAAAUUAAAAAGGGUUUAGAGGAAUUUAGUCCCAGCUAAUUUAUCAACAAGCGAGUUUUUUUGUCGCACGGAAUUCACGGCCAGCGGACUGAGGGUGAUGUACUUUGGGGUGAGGGUUUUUUAAUUAGCAAAUUGGCGCGGACAAAGGGGGUUGAUGACGCAGACGCGCAAAUUUAUCGAUAUACUUUUCACACAGUAGCGGUAGCGGAUGAAAACGUUUCGUUCCUUCUGUGGGAAUUCAGUUUUACAACGCUUUCAGCUGAAUUAAUGCCGGAGUUGCUGAACCGAAUUUUGAUCCAUUAACAGUGAAAAGAAAUGUCUCGCUUCGCGGUGGCGAGAGAACAUAUUAUAUAACUGGGGAAUGUAUUAUCGCAAUCAAAAUGGUGAAUUUUUUCUUCCAUUUCUGAUAAAGUGUUAGGCUUAAAGCACCGUAUAAAAAAGUUUCGUCCAUUUCCAUAUAUUUAAAAAAUGUACAGAAAACUCAUUUCCAUUGCAGUGAUUUCUUUAUGUAUAAUUUCUCUCGCAACUUAUUUCCAUUUUUGCGAUGACGCUCGCACCUCGUGUAUAUUUUUACUUGGUCCUCUUUCCAGUAAGGCCUAUUCCAGCGAAUUUAUUUUGCACGCGCUUCAAAAAGGCUCGCCACGCAAGAAGAGUUUCUUCUCUCUUUCCCACACUCAAAGAGAGCAAUGCGUACAUAUAUAAGACGUCGUGUGUUCAUAUAAUCUAUUUUCCCCUGCACGCUAGACGGAAAACAUAAUGGAAACCACGCUUUGCACAAUCUCCAGUUAGUAGAUUUCUCAUUCGUCGUGUUGCAUGCUUCGGCGAAAGUAACCAUUCCUCUUAGUCAUCUUUGUGUUUGACAUGACGGACUUGGAGCGACCAAACAAAUUACACCUGAAGAGUGGUCAGCCGAUUUGUGACCUGGAAUUCCAGGACAACGAAGAGUGAAGGGUGCUAUCGAUGUUAUCCGAAAGAGAAAAUCCACCGCACAAGGAUUUUCUCAUAUUAUCAUAUUCUCAGUGUCAAAUUUUGAUUGAUGGUAUUGCUGUUAUCUUUCAAAACUUUUUUCAAUAAAAUCUGGCCCUAUGUUUAAGUUGGUGCAAACUUCAUCACAUUGUUAGACUUGAAUAAUCUAUGAAAGCAUUAUUUACUUCCAUGGUGUCGUUAACUGCUGUAUCUCAACAGGGAUGAAAUUAUUAGCAAAAGAAAGAUAAAUCAAAACAGCUGGAGAAAUUAGAUCUCUGGUUGACCAUUCGUUGUCUACUUGCAACUAUCAGUCUGUUUACCAACCUUCGCCAUUUUUUGGACUAAUAUUUUUUGAAAUUCAAAGCAAUAACAAAAUGUCUAUGUGAAUGAUUACGUUUGAAAAAGUUAUUUGAAUUAUAUAAAUGUUCAAUUAAAAGAAAA